GCGUAGGGCCCAGUUCCCGGUACGACUCGCCGCGGGGCGGGGUCCGGUGCUGUGUGAGGGGGGCUGGCUGCCAGAGUGGACAUGGCGGCCGGCCGCACCCGGGCUGUGCUUGCCGCCCUGGCUGUGCUUACUGUCGGUGCGGCCAGCGGCCCGGGGCCCGGGACAGAAAGGGAGCCCGGUGGGGAGGCGGAGUGGGCGGAGCCGUGGGAUGGAGCGGUUUUCCGGACGCCCUCGGCGCUGGGCGCAGUGGGGGUGGCGCGCCGUCCGGAGACCCGGUGGCCCGGGAGAAAGGACGCAGGGGACCUGCCGGUGCUGCUGUGGUGGAGCCCGGGGCUGUUCCCCCACUUCCCCGGCGACUCGGAGCGCAUCGAGUGCGCGCGCGGCGCGUGCGUGGCGUCCCGGGACCGCCGGGUGCGGGGGGACUCGCGCACGCGCGCGCUGCUCUUCUACGGCACCGACUUCCGCGCGUCGGAGGCGCCGCUGCCCCGUCUGGCGCACCAGAGCUGGGCGCUGCUGCACGAGGAGUCGCCCCUCAACAACUUCCUGCUGAGCCACGGUCCGGGCAUCCGCCUCUUUAACCUGACCGCCACCUUCAGCCGCCACUCGGACUACCCGCUGCCGCUGCAGUGGCUGCCCGGGGCCGCCUACCUGCGCCGCGCGGCGCCUCCGCUCCCGGAGCGUGCGGAGUGGCGCCGCCGCGGCUACGCGCCGCUGCUGUAUCUGCAGUCGCACUGUGACGUGCCCGCGGACCGGGACCGCUACGUGCGCGAGCUCAUGCGCUACAUCCCGGUGGACUCGUACGGGAAAUGCCUGCAGAAUCGGGAGCUGCCCACUCCACGGUUACAGGACACAGCCACGGCCACCACCGAGGACCCAGAGCUGCUGGCCUUCUUGUCCCGCUAUAAGUUCCAUCUGGCUCUCGAGAAUGCUAUCUGCGACGACUACAUGACAGAAAAGCUGUGGCGCCCCAUGCACCUCGGUGCGGUGCCUGUGUAUCGCGGCUCCCCCUCGGUGAGGGACUGGAUGCCCAACAAUCACUCCAUCAUCCUCAUCGAUGACUUUGAGUCACCGCAGAAGCUGGCAGAGUUUAUUGACUUCCUGGACAAGAACGAUGAAGAAUAUAUGAAAUACCUGGCAUACAAACAACCCGGGGGCAUCACCAACCAGUUCCUCCUGGACAGUCUGAAGCAUCGGGAGUGGGGAGUGAAUGACCCUUUAUUGCCCAACUAUCUCAAUGGCUUCGAGUGUUUCGUUUGUGAUCAUGAGCUGGCGAGGCUGGAGGCCGAGAAAGCCCACGAAGCCGCCCCCGGAGACACCCCUGUCCCUGAACCUCACAUUGCCCAGCCCACACACAUGGACUGCCCAGUGCCAGCACCGGGCUUUGGCAGUGUGGACGAGAUUCCUGAGAGUGACAGCUGGAAGGAGAUGUGGCUGCAAGACUAUUGGCAAGGUCUGGACCAGGGGGAAGCUCUCACUGCCAUGAUCCACAACAAUGAGACACAAGAGAGGAAAUUUUGGGAUUACCUACAUGAGAUCUUCCUGAAAAGGAACCAAAAUCUCUAAUUACCCUGCGAGAGCUUUGAACUUGGUAGGUCUAAGGAGAUGGAAGUCAUUCUACCACAGGACAUGCUGCACAAACCCUUAAUGAACAUUGUCUUAUCCUGAAUUUAAGGGAUUCUAGUUGUACCUACUGAUAUUUUAUCCUAAUGAUGUAUAGCCAGGGUCUCAGACUGUGGUAAUAGGGCUUCCCCUCAAGGAGAGAUGAAGGCAUCCAGUUCUUAGUUUAGUGGAAAACAGAAGCCUGAAACACCCAUUUGAUUCAAGGUGCAGAUCCAACAGAAUUUUUAAA